AUGCAACCGAACACGGACACCUUCUACCGUCGUGGGGCUCUGCUUCAAAUUGCCGGCUCGACCAAGGCUUUCGCCGGUAUGUACGAGAUUCUGACCCUGUACGCUCAACGCCCCAUCGUCGAGAAGCACUCGCCCUUUGCUCUGUAUCAAUGGAUUUUGGAGGCCGUGGCCAGUAUAAUUCGUGGCCUGCCGUCAAAGAUCAACUACGAUCAACCUCGCCACGUACACAUGGGUCCCGGCAUCGUGAACCUGUCCGGCGAGGACUUUGUCUGCGCAACGACGGGUGCCGUGCCGGGAUCUACUAUCGUCUAUGGCAUGGGCUACGUCAGCAUGACCUAUAACUAUCAUCGCUCGCUCGUCUGGCGCAACUUCGGUAUUUCCAUCGGCUUCAUGGUGUUCUUCUGCGGGACGAAUUUUCUCGCGACUGAGAAGAUUGCGGCUGCGAAGCCUGAGGGUAAAGUCCUUGAGUUGCAGAGGAGCCGUCUUUCUAAGCGCCGUAGCCAGCACGUCGACGACGCGGCUGGCGGCGCGAAGUUCACGGAGGACAACAGCGUCGGCUCGGACUACACCGUGGCCCGGGGGUAUGGAAGCUGGAGAAGCGAAGGGCGCGUAGAUGGGGAGGCGAAGAGGGUGGGGGCGAUGGGGGCGAUAUCGGAGGGCGAGGUGGAGUACGAUAUGUCGCAGUGGUAA